AUGCAUUGUCAUCGAGUUACAACCAAAGAUAUCACAACCCAGAAUACUGGUUCAACCUUUGUAGACCAAACCCAAGUAAAGGAAGUAUUGAAUCCUCACGAAGUGCUAAAGAUGCUUGAACAGGAUUUUUCGGAAAAGAAGAGAGAGAAACCAAUGUCGUUAAAAAAUCGAAAGUUCCUAGAUAUAACGAAAAGAGAGAUUCACGUCACUGACGAUGGACAUUAUGAGUUGCCACUUCCGUUUCGAAACGACAACGUUGAAUUACCGUCCAACAGAGAGAUUGCGGAAUCAAAGUUAGAUAGCCUUAAAGCAAAGUUCGCCAAGGACGUCAAAUACAAAAGAGAUUAUAUGCAAUUUAUGGACGAUAUGAUAAAGAAAGGCUACGCUGAGAAAGCUCAAAAGACUGAUGGAAAACCAUGGUAUAUACCUCAUCAUGGAGUGUACCAUCCACACAAACCCAAUAAGAUCAGGAUCGUAUUUGACUGCUCAGCCGAAUAUGAAGGUCAAUCAUUAAAUCAAUAUCUUUUACAAGGACCUGACAUAACGAACUCGCUCACUGGUGUACUUUGUCGAUUCCGGAAAGAGAGAGUAGCGUUUACGUGUGAAAUCGAAUCCAUGUUCUGCCAGGUACGUGUGAAUGAAGAGCAUCGCGAUUACUUGAGAUUCUUGUGGUGGCCGGACGGAGACACAUCGAAGGAGCCUGAAGACUACAGAAUGCGAGUCCACCUAUUUGGAGCAACGUCAUCGCGCGGAUGUUCCAAUCUACCGUUGAAAACCACGGCCAAACCUGGUGAAGAAGAGUUUGGAACAGAUGCCAGCUCAUUUGUCGAAAACAGUUUUUAUGUUGAUGAUGUGUUAAAGUCCGUUGAGAAGGUAGAGCAUGCGCCUAAGUUAAUAAAACGCAGCAUCGAAAUGUGCCAAAAAGGCGGAUUUUGUUUACACAAGUUUACUGCAAACAGGCGAGAAGUGACCGAGUCCAUUCCCGUUCGCCGUUGACUACCGUGCUACCGAAGUCAAAGAACUCGAACUGAGUCACGAUAUACUUCCGAUCGAACGAGUGCUAGGAAUGGAGUGGUGCAUCGAGUUGAAAGUGAUUCUUUUUGGUUUCGCAUAACCUUAAAGGACAGACCACUUACAAGACGCGGGGUUUUGGCAACUAUAAGUUCCAUCUAUGAUCCCCUCGGACUCGUUGCCCCUGUUCUACUCACUGGAAAAAAGAUCCUACAAGCCUUGUGCAAAGAGAAUGCUGAUUGGGAUGACCCUCUGCCAGAAAAGCUUAGAAUAGAGUGGGAAAGAUGGAGAAAAAACAUUCAUUCGUUGGGAAACAUAAAGGUUGAAAGAUGUUACAAGCCUGAGAGCUUUGGAGAAAACUGAACUUUAUCAUUUCUCGGACGCAAGAUGUGAAGGGUACGGUCAAUGUUCGUAUAUAAGAUUGGUUGAUGAUAGCGAUAGAAUCCACUGUUCGUUAGUUGUGGGCAAAUCUCGUGUGGCGCCACUGAAACAAGUUUCAUUUCCAAGGUUAGAGCUAACAGCCGAGGUUGUCUCUGUCAAAGACAGCGCGAUGCUUCAAGAAGAACUCGAUUAUAAGAGAAUCGAAGAGAUAUAUUGAACAGAUAGCAAAGUCGUAUUAGGAUAUAUUAACAAUGAUGCGCGUCGCUUCCAUGUAUUCGUGGCUAAUCGCGUCCAACAAAUUAGAGAUCAUUUGUCAAAGGAUCAGUGGAAUUACGUUGAGUCAAAUUUAAAUCCAGCUGAUGAGGCAUCCUGAGGCUUAAAAGCCUGUGAUAUUGUGAGCGAUUCGAGGUGGAUAAACGGUGAGUCAUUUCUAUGCGAAGCUCACCAAGAUUGGAAACAUAUUAACAAACCGGAUGAUAAAGCAAAGUUGGUACCAGAUGAUGUCGAUGUAAAGAAAUUAAAGUCACAACCUUUGCAACAUCUGUGAAAAAAUUCGCGGACGUGGUAGAGAGACUAGAAUACUUUUCAAGUCGGCACCGACCUAAAAAGGCCAUCGCUAUUUGUCUUCGUUAUCGCAGAUUGUUACGUCAAAGGGUACGUAAGAAAUGGGAUAAAAAGGAUGUCGAAAACAUCGAGAAAGCAGAAAAUGUUAUGAAACCUGACCAAGCUGUUACUGUGGAAGAAAUGAAUGCUGCUGAACGGGAAAUAAUCAAGGCACUGCAGAAAGAAGAAUUCAAACAGGAGAUAAGCUUAUUAAAGUCAAAAGCCGAAGUCAAUGUACCGGAAACUCAACGACGGCGAAAUCCGGUAGCUAGAACUAGCCCAAUUGCUAAACUCGAUCCCUUUAUGGACGAACAUGGAGUUAUACGAGUAGGAGAAAGAAUUCGAAAAUCUAGUAUGGACGCUAAUAUCAAGCAUCCGGUAGUCUUACCAAAGAGAGCUCAAGUUUCGAAACUGAUAGCGAUACAUUUUCACCAGAAGAUUGAUCAUCAAGGACGAGGGCCUAGUUGUUGUUGA